AUGGAUUUUAUCGUCUUAACAAAAUUCCUAUACAAUCACUUAGAAAGAAAACUAUCAUCGGAAACUUCUGUUUUUUCAUAUUCCAUCGUUCCACCUCAAUUAGUUUUAUCCGAUUGUGUUAAUUCAACUCAAGAUCUGAGCCAAUAUCGGGAAAAUAAAAAAAGUUUUAGACGUGCAUUGCCGGAAAUUUUUGCAACAUGUUCAGCCACGAGCUUUCACAUAACGGUGGGUGUUACUUUUGCGAGUACUUCGUCAUUAAUGCCACAAUUGGAAGAACCCGACAGCGAUAUAAAAGCAACAAAACCUGAUUUGGCAUGGAUAGCUUCGAUAAUAUUCAUCGUUCUUCCCGUCACGAGCGUUUUAGCCGGGAUUUUAAUGGAAAGUUUUGGUCGUUUGAAUGCCGUCAAAAUGUCUACGAUUCCAGCGAUAAUUAGUUGCGUUAUUAUUGCUCUUGCUUCUGACGUUUACAUGAUAAUCGGUGGAAGAUUUCUUUUCGGGAUAGCUGCGGCAUUAGGUACGAAUCCUGCCAUUGUUUACGUAACUGAAAUAACAUCUCCGGAAUAUAGAGGUGCUCUUAUUAGUUCUGGACCAACUCUGACAUCGCUAGGUAUAGGGAAACCAUCGUUUUGGAGAAAAUUUUCCGGCUUGAAAAAGCCGACGGGUUAUAAACCGAUGAUAAUAAUGAUAAUUUUUUUUUUUUUUCAACAGUACACGGGAGUUUACAUAACGAUUUUUUAUAUUGUUCAGUAUUUUGAGGCAGCCGGAUCGAAAAUGAAUCCAUUUCACGCAUCAAUUUUAGUAGGUUUAACCAGGUUCGUAAUGUCGAUGGUUACGGUUUAUUUACUUAAAAGAUUUGGACGUCGACCCCUUUGCAUCACGAGCUGUAUAGGAAUGGGAACUUUUGCAACUAUAUCCGGUUAUUACACUCAUCAAGUUAUACUCUCAGGUGAAAGUUCAAUAAUGCCUGUUUUUACAAUAAUGUUAUACGUUGCAUUUUCAAUGAUCGGCCUUCUUAGUUUACCCUGGACAAUGGCGGCGGAAGUUUUCCCAACGGAAAUAAGAGGGAUAGCUCACGGUUUGGUUAUCGGUACCGUACACGCGAUUAUGUUUUUAUCAUUACAAACAUAUUACGACAUGGCUGAUUUUUUCGGAGGACACGAUGGUCUUCAAUGGUUUUUCGCAUUCAUGUGCGUCAUCGCACUCGUUUUUAUUUAUUUUUUCCUACCGGAAACUCACGGAAAAUCCCUUUUAGAAAUCGAAAAUUAUUUCAUACGUCACACGAUAUAUAGAAAAAGUAACGACGAGGAUGACGACGGUUACAAAUCGAAUUCUCGGGGAAAUCAAGAAAAUAAUAAUAAAAAUUUAAAAACAAUGGAAACUUUGUUGGAAAAUCAAGCAGAAUACGAUACGUUAAUUGUUAAAACUGAUAAAUUAUAUCCGCGAAUACCGACGGAAGAAGAAUCCAUGAUCGGCGAUACUUCCAUUAUUAGUUUUUCAUCAUUUUCCGAAGUUAUGCUUUAUGAUAGGAUCCAAUCUUCGGCUGGUACAAUCUUAUCGGUGUGA